AUCCACUCAAAUUCAUAAUCUUAACUUUAUUUUCUUUUUUUAUUUCGCAAACUUUGUAAGAAAAAUGUCCAAACAAUUUUUUUCAGGAUUAAGUCAAAAUUAUAUGGAAAUUUUGGAAGAUGAUGAAUAUUAUGAUGUUACUAUUGAAGUUGGUGAGGACCCGAGUGAGGACCCGAACAAAUAUUUAAUUGAAAAUAAAUCUAGUGGACCUUUAGGUGGCAUUCGUUCGUUAAAUGGGCAAAACGACCAAAACGUUUUAGAAAAUUUGGAAUUAUUGGCUGCUGCUGAUCAACUUCAAGAAUUAGUUGAUUAUUUGCAAAGUAUUAAAUCUGUGUGGAUUAAACAACAUUUUGAACUCACACAUAGAACAAGUUUUCAAUCCAGUAAUUUAUUAGAACUUCAACGAUGUUGUACGCAAGUAUACCUCACAUAAAAACAUGUUUUGUAUCGCAAUAAUUGUAAUUUGAUGGAAUCGAGCUAAAAAAUGUUCAAAUAUUCUAA